AUGCACUCUGAACAAAUUUUGAAGCAAUAUUUAAAUGAGUUAAAACUUUAAGUAUCAGAUUCUCUUAAUAUUGAUUAAGAGAAAUCAUUUAAGAAGCAAUCAGGUCAAUCUGAAUUGAUUUUGAUAUCCAGAAAUGUUGGAAAAAUUAAUAAGCGAAAUACAGAACAAUAAAGAACUAUUGUGGUUACAAGUGAAAAUUUAUAUAAUAUUGAUAAAAAAACAAUUAAAAGAAAGAUAUAGAUCCAAAAAAUUUUUGGUGUCACUGUCUCUAGGGCAAGUUUUGAAUUUAUAUUACAUGUACCUUCAGAAACUGAUUAUCGCUAUAAAUCCUAAGAGAAUAGAGAUAUUAUUUUAUUUUACUUAUCCAUAUCACUUAAGUUAAACAAUAGGGAUGGUUUGAAAAUAUAUUUGGUUGAUUAAGAGGAUCUGUAAUAAUUUUGUUUACAUUAAAAAACUACUGAUCUUUAAAAAUAAAUUGCAUUACAUCCUAAAACCAAAUUAUUAUUUCUUUAUCCUCAUGAUUUCUAACUCUAAUAUAUAAACAUGUUAAAUCAGCCUACAAAAAGUUUAAAUCCUAAUCAUAAAAUUACAGUACUAUUUAUGAAUGAUAAAAUGAAAUUUAGGAUUAAAUUAGAAGAUUUUCAAAAAAAUGCUAUUAUUAAUUCUGGCUCUUUAUCAAAAAUCUUUUUAAUAAAUCAAAAAAAUGAUCGUCAAAAGAUUUGGGCCUUGAAAACAAUUAAAUCCUCUGACAUUGAUAUUGAUUUAAUGGAAUUCUUUCUUAAAAAUUAUGAAAUUGAGCCCUUUAUUGAAUAAUUAGAAUUAUGUAUAAGAUAAACAGAUUUAAUUCACUUUUUUUUUAAGUUUAUAAAAGGUGGAGAUCUCUUUGCUCAUCUAUAAAAUGUUGGUUCUUUUACAGAGAAUUAAGCUAAAUAUAUUAUAGCUUAAGUUGGCAUGGCAUUAUAAAGUGUUCAUGAAAAAGGUAUUACUUAUGGUGAUUUAAAACCUGAAAAUAUUUUAAUAGAUGAAUAAGGAUAUAUAUAUUUAACUGAUUUUGGUUAUGGCAAAUUGAGAGUGUAUUAAGAAUAUAAAAAAUAAUAAAAUAUCAAUUUUUCUGUUGAAUAUGCAUCUCCAGAAUAUUUGAAAUUUGGAGACUUAACUAGAAUGUCAGAUUGGUAUAGUAUGGGAAUAUUGCUAUAUGAAUUAAUUAUGGGAAUAUCUCCAUUUUAUAACAUAAAUACAGAAGUUACAAUUAAAUUGAUAUGCUAAGGAGAUUUGCAUUUUCCAAAAGGAAUACCUAUAUCUAUUGAAUGUAAGGAUCUCAUCUCAAGAUUACUUUAGUAAGAUUCUUCUAUAAGACUUGGUUUCUCGAAUGAUUUCAAAGAAAUAUAAGCUCAUUAAUGGUUUUAAGAAAUAGAUUGGUCAGAAUUAAAAUAAAAAAAAAAAGAAUUGCCAUAUAUUCCAAAUAUUCAUGAAAGUGUUUUAAUACAAGAGUAAUUUAUAAAAUUAGAAUAAUUAUGUGAUGAUGAAAAAGGUUGGUACUGA